CUGACGUCGACUUCUGCAGCAAAAUGGCGGCGCUGACAGCAGUCAUGCAGACGAACUGGACCGGUUCUUUAUCAUCGUCCAAAAAACGAACCGGAAUGGUGUUAACGAGGCGUUUCAAGCUUUUGGACAAUAGCGUCCUUUUAUUGCUGUCGUUAGCCUCCGUGCUGCAUUGUGCUUUGGCUGACGGUAAGACGUUGGUGCUGCUGGACAACCUCAACAUCAAAGACACCCAUUCAAUCUUCUUCCGCAGUCUGGCAGACCGUGGAUUUGACCUCACCUUCAAGACCGCUGAUGAUCCCUCCCUGUCGCUGAUCAAAUACGGCCAGUUCCUGUACGACCACUUAAUUAUCUUCUCACCAUCAGUUGAAGACUUUGGUGGAAAUAUAAAUGUGGAGACUAUUACAUCCUUCAUUGAUGGCGGGGGCAAUGUCCUGGUUGCUGCAAGUUCAGACAUCGGCGACCCUCUGAGGGAGCUGGGCAGUGAGUGUGGCAUCGAGUUUGACGAGGAAAAGACUGCCGUCAUUGAUCAUCACAACUAUGAUGUGUCUGAUCCUGGAGAGCAUACCCUGAUUGUCGCUGACCCAGAGAACCUGCUGAAAGCUCCCACUAUUGUCGGCAAACCCACCAAGAAACCUGUUUUAUUCAAGGGUGUCGGCAUGGUGGCAGACCCAGACAACCCUCUUGUCCUGGACAUCCUUACUGGCUCCUCCACCUCCUACUCCUUUUUCCCUGACAGACCCAUCUCACAGUACCCCCAUGCUGUUGGCAAGAACACCCUGCUGAUCGCUGGCCUCCAGGCUCGAAACAAUGCCAGAGUGGUGUUUAGUGGCUCCUUGGACUUCUUCAGCGAUGCCUUCUUCAACUCUGCUGUGCAGAAAGCCACACCAGGUUCACAGAGGCACGAGCAGACAGGGAACAUGGAGCUGGCCGAGGCUCUGUCUCGCUGGGUGUUCAAGGAGGCUGGAGUCCUCAGAGUGGGAGCUGUUACCCAUCAUCGCGUGGGGGAAACCAACGCCCCCACAGCAUACACCAUCACCGACCUCGUGGAAUACAGCAUUGUCAUUGAGAUGUUGUCCGAGGGCCAUUGGGUCCCAUUCGACGGAGAUGAUAUCCAGCUUGAGUUUGUGAGGAUCGAUCCCUUCGUCAGGACUUAUCUCAAGAAAAAUGGAGGUAAAUACAGUGUCCAGUUCAAGCUGCCUGAUGUGUAUGGAGUCUUCCAGUUCAAAGUGGACUAUAACCGACUAGGAUAUACACAUCUCUACUCCUCCACCCAGGUAUCGGUGCGUCCCCUGCAGCACACCCAGUAUGAGCGUUUCAUCCCCUCAGCCUACCCAUACUAUGCCAGUGUCUUCUCCAUGAUGGCUGGACUCUUUGUCUUCAGCGUAGUUUUCCUCCACAUGAAAGAGAAGGAGAAGUCUGACUAAUACAGAAUGCCAAUGGGGAAGAGAAAAUAAGACUGGAAGUGAACUUGUGGUGUGAAGAG